AUGAUCGCUUUUACCACUCAUUUAUACUCUCAACUACAAGCUUUGGAGGCUCCAGUACCUCAUCCUCAGGCUUGGGUGGAAGAUGAAUUCAGUCCAGCUUGGAUGGGAUUUCACAUCUAUGCCUUUCCCCCAAUUUAUCUGUUACUCAGAGUUCUGGCUACAUUUCAACCCUCUACUUGUGAGCUGUUGCUACCCCAGAUUGGCUGGCCUAACCAUGAUUUCCUCUUCUACAGUACCUUCAAAACCUUCGGUUUCCUGAGAUUUAUCCCCAUUUCUUUAGAGGUGGAUUUGCAAAUAUCCAUGUUGCAUAUUCUGGACUUUACAGGCUGUGAAGGAGGAUUUCCAUACUUGGUAGCAGGAAAAUAUGCCCAGGACUUUGGCCUAAUACCAGAAAAAUGUAACCCUUAUAAAGGAAAAGAUGGACCAUGCAGUGAAAAGAAAUGUACUCGAUACUAUACAGCUGAAUAUAGUUAUGUUGGAGGAUUUUAUGGAGCAUGCAAUGAAGAACUAAUGAGAAUCCAACUAGUGAAGAAUGGACCAUUAGCUGUGGGUUUUGAAGUUUACAAUGACUUCAUGUACUACAGUAGUGGUAUAUACCACCAUACAGGCCUUAAAGAUACCUUGAAUUUCUUUGAAGAAACCAAUCAUGCUGUUUUGCUGGUUGGAUAUGGUGUUUCUAAUGGUGAAAAGUUUUGGAUUGUAAAAAACAGUUGGGGCUCUAAAUGGGGAGAGAAUGGAUUCUUCCGUAUUCGUAGAGGUACAGAUGAAUGUGGAUUUGAAAGCAUGGCAAUGGAAGCUACCCCUAUUCCAUAGUUAUAGAAGUUGAGGAACAUUUAAAUAUACUGGAUACUGUAUCAUCACUAGGCUUUUGUUUUAUGUUGCUAUUAAAAACUUUUAACCUCACUCUGAUGAUAUUCUUAUAGAUAGAUAUUAAUAGUUGCUUGUGUCUCCCAGGUAGUAGUUGUCACUUUCUAUGACAUGAUUCUCAGUACCCCAAAAGGUUAAUGAACCUACUGUUUAGCACAUCUGUCGUGUAUAGUCUCAACAGUUGUGUACUAGAUAAUGUUUGUGAAAUUACAUUACCAUAAAAUGUUUACUAACAAUUUCAAUCAUAGUAUUCAUUAUCAGUUUUAUUAUGAUGUAUUACUGCUCAAGUUGGAAUGGUCUUGUAACCUACACAUUUUAGUUACUACUAUUAUUUUUUGAAAUAUAGCUAUUUUUGUCAAAAAA